AUGCCUACAAACGCAGGGCAGGAAAUAGCAGUUACAACUGCAAUACCAAAUUUAUUUACGACAAAAGCAUUCGAUGCGAAUGUCACCAUGUGGCGCAGGUGGUUGCAGAGAUUACUCGGGGCAUUCAAGAUUUUUAACAUUACGGGUGAUGCAAGAGUGCCAUAUUUAUUACAUUAUGUGGACUCUGCAGCGUUCGAUAUCCUAUGCGAUCGGCUAGAUCCGAAGGAUCUAUUCAAACAAACAUUCGAGCUGCUGACGGCUAAGCUGGAAGAAUUCUACGCCCUACCCCCGUUGGAAAUUGCGGAGAAUUUUAAAUUCCACCAACGAAGCAUACACUGCAAGUUUGGAGAUUACUUAAAGACGGCUUUACGCAACCAAUUGAUAUUCGGCCUGGCGAGCAAAAAGACGCAAACCCGGUUACUGGAGAAGAAGGACCUGACGUACGACAAAGCUCUCAAAAUUGCAACAACGAUGGAGCUAUCAGAAAAAGGUUCGGAAUCGUUACAGGAGGCGUUGGUAAGGAACGCCAUUUCCGUGGACUCCUACAAUCGGAUGCGGCAAAGCUCAUUUAGCUUCACAAUGUACCCUCAACCAGGAGAUACGCUAAAAAGAACAAACGAACUGGAGGAGGUUCUCUCUUUAGAACAACAGCAAUACAGAGACAAAUUUACAAGUACGUUGAACGUGGAUGGAAAACUAGUCCAAUUCGAAGUAGAUAGCGGUUCGGGAGUCACCGUAAUGAGUGAAAUAUUAGUAAAGUGUAAUCGAAUUCAAAAGAAACUAAAUAUUUAUAUUUCGGAAAUUGAACGAAAACCUUUAUUAGGCAGGGAAUGGAUCCGUCAAUUAAAAGCGUCGGGAGGUGUAUACGAUUUUCUGGAGUGCAGUGCAUUAGAAAUAGAUAACCGUGGAAAUAACCAUACAAAAUUGAAAUGCAUUCUAGAAAAAUACGAAGAAUUAGGAUCGGAUACGUGGACGAAAAUAGUAGGGGUACAGGCUAAUCUUACGUUACGACCAAAUGUUAAACCCAUAUUUCUGAAAGCGCGGUCAGUUCCUUUUAAAUUGACUCCAUUAGUCGAUAAAGCAAUAGGCGCAUUGGUUAAAGUGGGAGUGUUAACUAAAACGGAAACAGCCGAGUGGGCGAUGCCUAUCGUGCCCAUUCUAAAAGCAGAUGGAACGGUACAGAUCUGCGGCGAUUAUAAAUCCACCGUGAAUCCGCAAUUGAUGGUAGACAACCACCCGUUACCAACUACGGAUGAUUUAUUUGUGAAAUUAUUGGGUGGCAAAAGAUUCUCAUAG